AGGCAUGUCUGGCUGGAGCACAGGAGUCAAGCCCCAGGAUGGGGGCAGGGAGGAGGGGCCAGUAGGGAGUGGCUGUCCCAUUGAGAGGCUGAGGUGGGGAGCACUCAGCACAGGGUCCUGGAGCAGUGGGGACCUGCACCAUGGACACGCGGGUGACAGGUGGUGUUGGAGCCACACGCGUUAGCAGUGGGUGACUGGGGUGGUGAAGGGGCAAGGCCAAAGGUGACCAGCCAGCAGCUGCAGGGUGGCUCCGGGGCGUGGCCAGUGCCACACGUGUAGGCCACACGUGCGGGCCCCACGUGCACCUCCAUCCCACAUCUGCUCGCUGCCCACUUAUCCCAGAGGAUGGCCUGUUCUUCAGGGCCAGGGACUUGGGGGUGGCCCCCAGCACUCACAUGCUGUCUGGACCACUGCCCUAAAACCGGGUUUCUCAGCUGCUGGCCCAGGAGUGACCCUGGGGGCCAGGUUGGGACACCUCCAUCUGCAGCUUUGCUGGGUGGGCGGCAGGAGGGGGCAGGACCCUGGGGUCCCCUGCCCCUUGGUGAGCCGAGCUGGGCUUCUGCCUCCACUCUGACGUCUCAGGGUCAGUGUCACUGAGAUGCUGUGCUGGGGAGUGGGGGUCUGGCCCAGGGAGUCACCACCACCGGGGCAUGCCUGGCAGUGGCCGUUUUGUGGUCUCUGCAGGGCGGCUGGAUCCUCUUCCGUCCCGUACCCCGAGCCUGAGGCCUUCCCCAGUCACCAGGGUUAAGGCACGGGCUCCCCCAUGGCUCCUGGCAGGUCUUUGGCUCCUGAGGCCAAAGAAGCACAGGAACUUGAGUGACGGCCCAAAGUCACCCAGCUGGGAGGUGGCCUCCUUGGUACCUGCCCUGACAGCCACCCCCUUCCUGAGGAAGUGGGCCCAGGAACCCAGGUCCAGCUAUACCUGUGUUUGACAGGAGCAGGGGCCUCCCGGGCCUGGCAGGGACAGCAGGCUCUCACAAGGAGAGCACACAGCUGUCCCCCAGCCUCACCCACUUGUAUGUGCCCUCCCAUCUGUACACACGUGUGUCCCGACCCGCUCCUGGAUGCACAUGUCCUGGGGGUGCAUGCAGGGGGCUCUGGGUGGACCGUGUCCACACCCCGGGAAAGGUGAGCCCAUGCCUGGGGCUGCUGGUACUCCAGGUGGUCUGGUAGGGCACUGGGACAGGGCCUGCCCCUUACCCACUCCCCACAGAAGACAGGGAGGGGACGGGCCCAGGCCAGAGGCACCUGCCAGUCACCCACCCACACUGAGCUCCAAGCCAGAGCCGGGACUGCAGGUCGCCUUCCCAGCUGGAGUGAGCACCAGGGAGGCAGUGCCCACUCACUGCCUCAGGCCCCUCCAGGGCCAAGGGCGGCGGGUCUGGGGCCCCCACCCAUCCACGGUGCCCAAGUGGGGGGUGGCCCACAUCCUGAGCCUUUUUUGGAAGCCCAGCCCCCCGGAGCUGGCAGUGGGAAUGCGGGGGGCUGGAGAGCAGGAGCACCCUUCUCUGUCCACCUCAAAGAUCUGUGCACCCGGAUUGCGUCUGUAUAGUCUCUCAAAAAGGUCGGCCUCAGCCCUGCUUUCCAGCCCAGCCACCAGUCACCAGUGACUCCGACAUCUCACCAGCCUGCUGGGCUUCAGGCCUUGCAUCCCCUGGGCCUGGGCGCACACCUGUCUGCUCCCCCAGGUGCCCUCGUGCAGCCCUGCAGUGGCUUCUGGGUUGGUCAGCCCUCCGGGCAGGCAGUACGGCUGAUGGCCACCACUGUUCCAAGACCACCUGAGGGCCCCUGAGAAGAAAGGUACACUGACACCUGUGCCUUGGAACCCAGCCUGAGCCCCCGCUGUGCCCUGCCAGGGCACCCCAGCCAGCCCCCCUGCAGGAUGGAGCUCGAGUCAGCAGGCUGCGUCCUCCAGGCCCCACGGCUACUCCCUGGUGAAGUCCACUGGGGGCCUGCACAGGACUGCCCAGGGCUGCUCUGCCAGCAGGACCUCACCCUCAACGGGCUCGGCAGCUCUUCGUACUCUGCACGCCCACCUGGUGCCCUUCCCAGGCCCAGGACCCUUUUGCCUGGCAGCACAGUGAAGGCCCGUUUGGGAAGACCUCUGGGUUCCGAGUCCUGGGUACACGGAUGAGCCCCUUGAACCCACUCCAGUCCCCACUCCAGGACUGGCCCAAGUUAUUACAGCUGUACCCCUGGGCAGUAGUGGGUACCCAGGAUCAGCCCCUGGGCAGCCCCUCUGCCUGUCCUCAGUCCUACACAAGACUGAUGGCCCUUGCAGCCUUGGGUCGUGGGCCCCUCCCCCCAGCCCAGGUGUACCUGGUUGGCUGACACGGGCCCAGCCGCUUCAGGACACUCAGCCACCUUGCACGUGCACCCUGGCCCGUAGAGGGUCCAGUUGGUUCUCUUGGGGAGGGGCCCCUGAGCCAAGGCCCCCAGGCGAGUUGUCGCCCAGCUCUGGCCCUGUGUGUGGCCGGCAGCUUCCCUGACUGGUCAGUGCCUACGUGCCUGGAGGGUUGGCUGGUCUCUGGGGAGGCCUUGGUCCCAGCCAGGCUGGCAAAGGGUGGGGGCUGAGGGCCGGGCUCCAAGGCUGCAGGCCUCAGGCACCGACUGCCCAGGCCCUUCCAAGUGUAGCGUGGAGGCUCUGGCUUUCCUGCUGGAGAGGAACCUGGCUCAGGAAGCCAUUGUCCCCACACAAUAGGCCUGUGGGGGCCUGUGAGGGCAGUGGCCCCAGACUGGUGGGACUAGCCCUGACCCUGACCCUGACCUCAACCCUGACCCUGGCUCUCAUCACAACCUUGACUGAUCACCACUGACACUCCGUUCAGUGCCCUCUCACCGCCACCGUGGCUGACAGGCCAAGCCGUGGACAGCUGCUCCUAUCAGAGCUGGGGACCAGGGAAGGACUGCACAGGUCCUGAUGGAGGGGGCGCCCUGUGACCCAGGCAGGCCUGUGGGCAAGAAAGGUGGCCCCACGUGACAAGAGUAUACUGCUGAGGCCCUAGUUGGACUGAGGCCAGAGCCAGAGGCUGUGCACCUCUGCCAGACAGCGGGGGACUGUCAUUUCCUUGGUGGUGAGGGACCUUUGCACGGGCCUGAGUAAUCACUUCGCCCAUUCGAGAUGUUGGUGAAUGUGGACAUUGUCUACCAGGUACCCACCUUGGGGCCUGGGAAAAUGACCAUCCAGCAUGUCCCAGGGCCACUGAGGCCACCCCCCCCCACCUCAGCAGCAAGGUGGGGCUGAGCCAGCAGCUGGGGAGAUGCACCUUGGGCAGGAGGCCAUGGGCCAGCAAAGGUCAGACUUCAGCAGGACCCAGUGUCAGGGCAGGGACUGGCAGAGGGAGGUGGGUACCCGGCCGAGGUUGGGGUGGGACAAACGUGGGCAUGUGGCUUCACCGGCCCACAUGGGCACGUGCAUGCAUACACAUGUGGGGGUCACAGGAGCCUCUACUCAGGCACAGACACUGCGUGUGCUGUCAGUGAUGGGAAAACUAGAACUCACAGCUCACAUCUGCCCAUUCCCUUGAGGACCCCACUCCCUUUGGGUUCCAGCCCCACCAAAGCCCUUUAAUGAACGUUCCCUCCAACCCCACAGAGGGCUCUGGGAAGUACACUGGCUUCCGGGGUUAACACAGCAAGCGUUGGCACAGCACUUACUCUGAGGUCACCUGGGGCCCUGGCAGUAGGAAAACCCGGCAGGCUGGUGGGGGGCAGGCGGGUGGGAAGCAGGUAGGGUCUGAGCAGGUGGGCCUGUGGCCGUAUUUGAGGAUGGGGAGCGGUGGGUGCUCAGGGCAGCAGGUGGGAGAGUCUGGAGUGAGGACAGGCCACACGGCUGGAAAUCUGGAGCUCUCCCGCCUAGGGGUGGCUUUCAAGGCCCCCUCGCACACCGGGCUGGCGGGUUCUGGGCAGAUUCUCCAAACCACCAUCACUGGCCAGGCUUGGGACUCUGCUGGGGAGGGGUGUGGGGUUCAGAUGAAGCAGGAGCGCCCAUGCACACAUCAGUGCACAGCCCCACCGAGCACCCGCCUUACCCAGCCCUGGGGCUCUGCAAGCGGGCGAGGGGCCUCUCGUCCUAGCCAGCAGGUGGCGCUGUAGGACGGCCCGGAGGUCGGGAGCCUCGGGUUGCGACAGUGCGACGAGGAAGGACCCUCCUGCAGGUUGCGUGUGUGCUUGUGGGGGACAGUGCUAAGGGCUGCCCCGCGCCAGGGAGGGGGUGGCACUUCCCUGGAAGGAGUUCCCAGGCGGAUGGUUCCUCUGUCCUUUAUAUCUGCUCCCAGGGUGGUCCCCUGAUGCAGGUGGGGGGGGGGCUGUGUGAUCAGACCCAGGUGAACCUACUGGACCUCUCUGGCCCCUCCCCAACUUCAGCUCCAUCUCAUGGCGUCCCCAGGUGCACUGGGGCAAGGGUGGAGGUGGGUUCUGCUGGUGGCCAGUUCUGUGGAGUGGUGACAUCCCUUGGUGGCACAGGGUGGAAAGGGUGGGAGGGAUAGGCCCGUCCACAGAAGCGGGGGUUCAGGCUGUAUUGGGGUGCAGAAGAGGCAGGUGAGCUGCCUACCUGGGGCCGGGGUCCCCAGGGGCUGAGGUUUUGUGCUGGUUGCAGUGUAGGGGGACAGCCAAGCCCAUGGGUGUGGAGCAAGUGUGUGGCAGAGGUGGAGGUAAGUGGCCUGGCUCCAUCCUGCUGGUUGCGGACAGUUAGGAUUGGGGCAGGUGGACAAACAGGUGGGGAUGGGGGGGAGGGCAGGCCAGGGCUCCUGGGAAAGGGGGCUCAGAGCAGCCCACCAGGUGAGGGCAGGAGGUCCCAGCAGGCAGGUGUGGGCCAGGGCAGCCCCAGGCAAGGCUGUCUAGGUGGUGAGUCACCACUGACCUGGAGACCCUGGCACCACAGGGGCGCAGACCACAGUGGCCACAGGAAGCAGUGCGGGCUGAUGAAGGCCAAAGUCAGAAGCAGUCGGGCUCAGCACUGGGCAGGGGCACGGCAGGCCACAUCUGCUGAUGCAAGGCCCCGAGUCCCAGGCCCAGCCUGGAUCGUCCACAAAACAAUGCAAAUGUGACCCAUGACCACCUGGCUGUGCUGAGGAGGGCUCAGUGGGAGACGUCACGGUGAGCCAGACAGUCCCGGGAGGCCGCUGGCAGGAAGGACAGCUGCAGUGUUGAGGCAGAGUGGAAAAGGCAGGCAGGCCAAUGUGGGCAUGUGUCCAUCUGAGGGUCCAGGCUGAGGACGGGUCAUGGUUACCCAAGUUACCCAGGAAAUGGGGUGCUCACGGCUCAUGGCAGGGGCAGGAGGGCAGUUUGCAGGCUUGCCUGGCUCCAUGGAGGGCAUGACCUCUGGUCACUGAGCAGCAGUCUGGGCAGCGCCGAGGCCCUACCCUCAGGAACUGCAGCCCUUGAACAUCCCCGUGCUCUGCCAUGUCCGUGGCCACAACCACCUCCCAGGCUGGUCCUGCACCACCAGGGCCACACCUCAGCACCCUUCACACAGUACCACCAUCACCAGUCACCCAGCCUGAUCCCUGGGACACUAGCAAAGAGUCACCAGGUAUGCCCUCUCCCUGCCAGGGCUGGCCUCCAACAGCCACCUUCUCAAUAGCCACUGCCACCAUCAUGACCUAGUAGAGUGGUCAGGACAGGCGUGAGAGGCAGCUGGUGUCAGGGCAAUGCCACCCUGUCCUGGCUGUCCCUGCCCAUGGCCCAGGCACACCAUAGGCCUCCCAGCUGUUGCGACUGUCUCUCUGUCCUAACUUUGCCCACCCUACAUCUCCAUCCUGGGGAGGUGCACCCACCAGGCCAGGGGCUUGUUGAGGGCAGGGCCUGCUAGCUGGUGGAGGCUGUGCCAGGAAGUGCUGGCAGAGGUCUGGCCUGGACAGAUGGAAACAGGAGGCUGCUAUGGGCCUGGGAUCCAGUACUUCCCUCCCCUGCCUGGGCCUGCCAGGACCGGAAGUGGGCCUGGCCACCUCACCCUGCCCUGGAAGAGAGAGCCUGCCUCAGUGUCCCAAACUGCUCGGUUUCUCAGUCCUCCUCCCCCUGUGACUUCCUAAUGGGGAGGGGUUGGGGGGGCAGAUGCUGGGCUUCUUCCAGAAGAUGCUGGACCCCACCCCCAACACACAUCCUGCUACUUGCCCUUGUUGAACUAGUGAAAAUGAUUCUCCAAGUAAUACACAAAAGAAACAGUUUAUUCGGGGAAAAAAAGCAAGACCACCACCACAUUGGGGAAAGGACACCUCCGACACGGAGCUCCUACUGGCAGCCCACGUAGAGGCAGAAAGACCCCGGUUUCCAGAUGGCUAAUCCCUUUAUUAUGAUCUCGCCCCCAGAAUUACCAUAAGGAUGAACGGGAAGUCAGGAUUACAGAGUUAACAAGGGGCUCAGCCCCAUCCAUAGUCCUCCCAACUCUAUGGUUAAGCAUCUUAAGAUGCCAGUUCACUUUAUCACCCUGGUUACAGCUCUGCGCCUGCCUCACAAAACCUCCCAGGUUAGGGGUGGAGAGCAGGGCGCACCUGGCCCCAAGCCAGCUCAGAACGGACUGCUGACCUCAGCUCCAUGGCUCAGGACUGGGCAGGGACCCCCACUGCUCCCUUGCAGUUGGCUCUCUGGCCUGUCCUCUGCACACUAAGCUGCUCAAGUGCACUGCUGUGCCCAGGUACCUCAGGAGUCCCCAAAGUGGAGGCCCUGGGGAAAUACGGCCCUAGUUAGCGUACUGGCACCUCUCAGUCUCCGGGGACAGGCCUACAGAAGUUACAGAGGGAGCUGGAAUGGCACCUCUCCCUUCCUGAUGGUCCUGCCCAGCGCAGACUCUCCCCAACACAGGCGUGAAGACCAAGCUGCCCCCUGGGCACAGCGAGCUGCCCGCAUCCCUCCAACUCGCAGAAGCUAGGGCGUGCGGGGGCCAGCAGGGCGGUCCUCCGGGGCUGUCUUUCCACCCAAACGAGGUGAAGGAGGCGCUGCGAGGCGCCGUCAUGUCCCAGCAGCAGGACUUCUGAUGUUUUAUGUGGGAAAUGUCAAACAUCGCGCCCUCUCCGAAGCAUGGCUUCAUCCGCCGCGCAAGGGCCAGACGGGCGGCCCGGUGUCAGGCUCCAACACAGGGCAGACCGCGUGCGCGCGAGGCAAGCCCGGGGCCAGGGGUGUGGCCGGGGCGGGGGCGGAGCCGCCCCAGCGAGCUCCCGGAUUGGUCCUCGAGCGGCCGGCGCGCCGGCUCCCCAUUGGCCGUCAGCCUGCGGCGCGGGACGGCCGCCAGCCCCGAGCUGCCGCGGCGGGUCCCGAGCCGGGGGAGCCCGCAGAGUCCCCGCCGCGAGCAGGGCCUGGCCGAAGCGGGCGUCCGCCCCCGCGCCGGGUGCCGCGGAGCGGGGUCUUAUCAGCGCGGGCAGCUGGUGGCCUGUCCGUGCGCGAGCGCCCCGGCCCAAUUCAAUGGCCAUUGUCCGCCGGCCCCUUUGUUCAGGAGGCGGCCACUUCCUGCGGGGCCGGGCUGGAGCAGGCGGGCGGAAACGCUCCGAGCCGAGGCCCAGACGCCGAGGCCGCCCCAGCCUGGGGUCAGAGGCGACGGCCAGCCCCUGGGGCGCCCUGGGGUUGGGGCUCUGAGCCGGAGGAGGGAGCGGCGCUGGGCUCACUCAGCUCAGCGCUCUCCUCUGAGUGUCUGCCAUGGGCGCAGCGGGCGCUUAGGCAGUGGGCCCCCUCCUGGGGCGCCACGGUGGGAAUCCCGUCGAGCUGGGGGAGGGCAGCCGAAGGCGGAGGGAGGUCCUCAGGUGGAGGGUGCCUCUCCCAGCCUGCCCUCCGCCCCUGGUCCCUGGCAGAGGGCGACAGGCUCCAAGAGGUCGGUAACAGCGUCAGUCAGGACUCAAGUUCCGGGAGAUGGAAACCCAACCCCCACUGCCUCGCUAAGCAGGAGAAGGAGCCCAUUCGGGACUCGAGGCCGGGACGCAGGAGUGAGGGGAACAGGGCCCCGGGUGCUUCAUCACCUGGGUCAGACCUCCUGGCCCUCCUUCCCGGGACUGGGCGCUGCUGUGCCUCGCACGGGUCGGCCGUCUCCUCGGGGCGCUCACCAGGCCUCGCUGUCCGUCAUCCCCUCGGCUCACCAGGCUCCACGGGCCGGCUCGUGCAGCACUCUGAUUGGCAGGGCCUGGGCCACGUGCUCACCCCGCCGGGAGGGGUGGGAGGUGGGAGGCCGCCCGCAGCAAGGUUCAGCAAGCCUCGCCUAGCCAGUCGAGGCACAGACCUGUCUCCCACCCACGCAAGGGGUGGUCCUCCCGUGGUCAGACCUCAGCCCGCCCUCUGCCCAGUGCCUUAGCAUCUCUAGCCACUCCUUCCUCUGAAGCCCCCACACAGCCCUGCCUGCAAAGCCCUCCCCCAACCAAACCAACUCAAUAAAAGAAACCCACCACGGGUAUUUCAAAUGGCGGGAUUUAAUAUGAGGAAUUGGUAACAAGGGCUUGGGAGAGCUGGGGGAGCACCAAGAGGACAGUUGGGCUCCCCGGAAAUCCAAUGCUGUAGGAGGCUGCUGCCUGAGGCCAGAGGAGUAAGGGGAGAGUUGUUAUCCGGGCCCCACAGUGGCUGUGUCCCCACAGGGCUGGGCUGCUGGCGGUGGGCGAUGGUCCCCCUCUGAGCGCCUUAGGUCUAACAUGAGAGUUCAUGCAGAUGGCACGAGGUGUCAGAUGGAGAGAGCCCAGCACAGCACUGGACCUUAGUAGGCGCUUUCCAAGGGCAGCGAGUGUUUAUGAAGGGCCUGGGUACCCACCAGGAAAAUGGGGAGCCCUGCCACCUGGUGCCUUAGCCUGAGGAGCUGGAGGUCACAAGGUCCAGGAGAGGUGUUGGGGGCCUCAACUUGAACCCAUCUGAGAGGCCAAGUGAAGACACGAUGUGGAAAAGAUUUGGGUGGAAAUGCACAUGAAAACCAAGCGGGGGGCCCCAGACCCCACGCAGGUGCUUGUCCUGGGAAAGCAGGGGGGAGGCAGGAGGCUGGCAGGCAGGCCCACCUCACACCCCUGCUGCUCCAUCGCUCCGUGGUGGGAGGCGUGUAGCCGGGGCACUGAGGCCUCAGCAGGAUGCCAUGUGGUCCAGAGGGCAGCAGCCAGCCACCUCAGCCAGGCUCCAGCAGCAGGGUGUCCCAGCAUAGUCUAGUCACGGCCACACGGGCCAGCCCCACGCUGGUGUCAGGGAUGCCCGAGGAAAAGGGCCACAUGUGUCCCCAAAGUAGGGAGGUUGGUCCCACCAUCUCCAUGCUGUGUAGCCGAAAGGGGAAGGGCAUGGGGUGGGAGGAAAGUGUAGCGGGGGUAGGACCCCAGAGCUGCAGGGGAGAGGUGGUCUGGCCAUAGCGGGGUUUUCGUAUGGGGGUGGCGGAAGCCUCGGGGGUAGACAGGAGGCUGCUCAACCCAGAAAAGACCCAAAGGUGAGUGGCCACAGGGAGGGACGGUUGGCUGGGGUGGUGGCCGGCUGCUUCUGGGUCACAUGCGCUCCCCUGCUCGGGGACUGCAGAAAGGCUGAAAUCCAGAGGAUGGAGGUGGCCUGCAACACACAUCAGACCUGUGGGUGUUGGUCCCGGGUUCUCAGGAACGCACCCGCUGAAGAGCCAGCAGGGUGGAGAUAGGGGGUCAGCAUCCUUACUGUGUUUCUGAAGGAGGAUUCAUUGUGAGCCUGGGCCCCGCGUCACCCACCCCUGCCCCCCGAUUCCCCCCCGCAGUGGGAGGUAUGGGUCAGAUCUCCUCCCCGAGGCCUUGCCCUCACAGCUCUUCUCCAGAAGGAAAAGACCCCAGAGAGUGUCCUCAGGAUCCUACUGCUACCACCAGGGCCUGUCCCCACCCUCUGAGCAGGUCAGAUGUCCCCUGGGCCAUUCAGGACAUCUGCCACCCAGGACCCACUGGUGGGUGCCGGGCACCUUCUGAUUUGGCCCCUGCAUGGUGGCCCUCGUCAGCAUCACGGCUCAGCCUCCCCACACCCAGGGAACCCCUAGGCCCCCAGACUGUGGAGGAGGCCCAGACAUUGCAUCUCUACCUUCCCUCGAACCUGCUCCCCUGCGCACAGCUCCCUAGAUUCAAAACACAGCACACCAUCCCUGACCUCUUGGGAGCAGAGAACUGCUGAACUCUGUGCCCCUAGAGAAGCUCUCCUCACGCCCCCGCCCCCCACUCUGCUGGCUCCUGUAUAGCUGUCAGCACUCUGGCAGGAGCCCCCUCCUCCAGGAACCCCCCAUGUUGUCUCUUAGCCCUGCUGCUAUCUGUCCAGCUCAGGGCCCUCUGCACAUAUUCAUGCUGCUGGGGUUGAGCUGACGUGCAGGAGGCGGGCAGGGGCUUGGGGAACGGCUGGUGGACCCUUGCCUGGCCCUGGGGGUGUGAAGAUCUGGGGGCCCCAGUCCUGGCAGACUUGGCUAGAAACUCCUCUAUGUGGGAGGUCUCCGUGUGAAUCACUGCUCAGGCACAGGCACAAAUGCAGGAAAUCGCCAUUCUAUUAAACUCUAUUUUCUCCCACUGAGGGGAAAGUCUGUCACACGAAGGUCAUUGUUCCCCGGGCUCCUGCUUUCCGGGCGGGCUAGGUCUGUGAUGGGGCUUGCGCGCUCCUGGGGCUCCUGGCUGAGCUGUUUCCCUUCAAGACCCUGGGGCGCCUAGAGGUUGGGAAUGGGGGCCUCGGUCCGGCCACCAGCCCGAGGGCAACUCCGACAGGCACGCCCAGGACUGCAGAAAGGCACGUGUCUGGGUCCCAGCAAGGUCACAGCCAGGGCUCAGCACGCCGAUCGCAGCUCUCUGCCUGCCUCUGGACCCUAGGGGUCUGUCCCACACCCCAUUCCACCCUUCUCUCUAUUCCUUAGGAGAGCCACCCCAACCCAUCCUGCACCCCUUCCAGCCUUCUAGGCCUGACCACUGGGCCUGGUACUGCCCUGCUGCCCCCAGCUCAGCUUGGCUCUGGCCUGCAUGGGACCCUGUGUCCUGGGGAAGCCCUGCCAUGAUUGGGGGACGGGACUGGGCUGGGAAGGAAGUCCAGCCCAUGCCAGGCCCUAGGGGCAGUGGAGAGGCAGGCAGCCCAAACCAGUACUAUGUGGUCAAAAUACACACUUAAGACAAUAGGACACACACGCUUAAAAAUAAAAGCUGGAGAAUUUUUAACCAAAGGAAAGCUGGGAUAGUCAUUUUAAUAAGAAUGUAGAUUUUAAAGUAAUUGCAUCACGAGGGACAAAGAGCAAUAUCAAUACUUUAGAAAUAAAGAGCAGAUAAAAAAUACAACAUGUAUGCAACUAAAAACAUAGCCUCAGAAGAUACACAGCAACAGAUGACAGCUGAGCCAACCACUGGAGCUAGAGAUGGAAACACUCCAAGUCCCCUCUCAGACAUGGACAGCUCAAGCAUCUACAAGCAAAGACGCGGACAAUUUGGAUAAUGCAAUAAGUACAAAAUGCACACUCUUUCCUAGUGCAAAUGGGACAGCAACACGUAUUAGGUCACAAAAGAGGCCUCAUAAUGGAAAAAGCCACAAUGGAAGAGAGCAGACAAUGAAGCCAUGCCUACAAAGUGCUGGAGGAAAGUGAUUUGCAACUGAGACUACCGUGUUUCCAUGAAAAUAAGACCUAGCUGAAAAAUAAGCUCUAGCAUGAUUUUUCAGGAUGCUCGUAAUAUAAGCCCUACC